CUGGUGGGCGUGUUGGGGAAGGACAAGACAUUCCACUGAAGUGACUUGUCUCUGCUCUGGCUUGCAGUGUAAAAUGCUCCUGCAAGCUCCUUGGCGUGGCAUUAGGGUGUCUCCAUUGUCUGGGUCCUUGGUGACAUGGGAUUAGCCACAGACACACUUGGGAUAGCCAUUUGAAUCAUCCGCCUCAGCCCGUGCCUAGCAGGAAGGAAGGAGACACAGGUCAGAGAUUGAAGGACUGACUUCCUCAUCAGGGCGCCUUCCAGAUGAAGGUUUUAAGGCUUCAAACAGGCUCGACUUUUGUUUGUCGCUUCUGCUGACCUGGACACAAUUUUUUUUUUUUUUUUCUGGAGAAAGUUUUCUCUCCCCUUGCUAUUUGUGAACUUCCUCAGGGUGGAGAUCACUCGCGCUUUACAGAAAUUAUCUGCUCAGCAACCAUGCAUCAUUUAUAACAAUCUCUGGCAAAACCUCAGAAAAAGAUACGCUCUUGUCUCAUCAGGCAGAGCCCAGUGAAAACACCCCUCGGGUGGCCGUGGGGCGGCCUCGCGGAGCUUGUUUCUCGGAGGGAGUAUGACCCAGUUCGGAAGGAAGCGAGAGUCCCAAGUCAAACACGGUCACUGGUGAAACCAGAGAGGGCCUCGCUCCUGCAGGAUCGAGGGAAGCAGCUGGACUCCGGCGUCUCCACAGGACGGUGGAUCUCUUCUGUCCAUCUCGGGGAGAGGAAAUGGCGCAUGAAGUGGACCUGGAGUCCUUCAAGGAGUUGGAACGGGAGGUCAUUCUCGGGGUCCUCUACCGAGAUCAGGCUGUUCAAAGCAUGGAAGAGGAAAGGGUCCGGAAACUGAGAACACACCUGCAGCAUCUUCGGUGGAAAGGGGCAAAGAGCUCGAGCCGGGAAUACCGGGAGAAGUGCUGUGCACGCUGCCAGAGGGCCCUGGGCCUGGUGCUGAACCGCGGGGCCGUGUGCCAGAGCUGCAGCUACCGCGUGUGCUCUGAGUGCCGCGUAUUCCUGCGGAGGACUCGCACGUGGAAGUGCACAGUGUGCUUUGAGGACAGAAAUGUGAAAAUCAAAACUGGAGAAUGGUUCUUUGAGGAACGAGCUCGGAAAUUCCCAGCUGAAGGCAAGCACGAGACUGCGGGGGCGAAACUCCUGCAAUCUUAUCAGAGGCUGAGCAAAAUCUCUGUGGUCCCUCCUACGCCACCACCUCUCAGUGAGAGUCAGAGUCCCGGCAGCCCCGGCAGGUUACAGGAACUUGGUCACUUCAGAGGAUUUAACAAGUCCGUGGAGAACUUGUUUCUGUCGGUCACCACCCAGAUGAAAAAGCUCUCCAAGUCCCAGAAUGACAUGACUUCUGAGAAGCAUCUUCUGGCUAUGGAUCCCAGGCAGUGUGUGGUCCACACGGAGAGGCGGAGCCAGUCGGACACAGCCGUCAACGUCACCUCCAGGAAGGUCAGCUCGCCCGAUAUUCUGAAAGCGUUCCAUCAAGAAGAUCCCAAAGACCCUCCCAGCCCUGUUUUGAAGCAAGACACUCUCCCAUCCAGUCCAGCACGCAGCACUGUCUUCUCUGGAGGCCUGAGACAUGGCAGCUUAAUUAGCAUUAACAGCACCUGCACGGAGAUGGGUAAUUUUGACAACGCUAACGUCACUGGAGAAAUAGAAUUUGCCAUUCAUUACUGCUAUCAAAGCCGUUCUUUAGAAAUACACAUCAAGACCUGUAAGAACCUGGCCUACGGAGAGGAGAAGAAGAGGAAGUGCAACCCGUAUGUCAAGACCUACCUGCUGCCGGACAAAUCCUCCCAGGGAAAACGCAAGACGCAAGUCCAGAAGAACACUCUGGACCCAACUUUCGAGGAAACCUUGAAGUAUCAGGUCGACCUCCCCCAGCUGGUGACCCGGAGGCUGCAGGUCUCUGUGUGGCACCUGGGCACCCUUGCCCGGAGGGUGUUCCUCGGAGAAGUGAUCCUUCCUCUGGCCACGUGGGACUUUGAGGACAGUUCAACACAGAAUGCAAGAUGGUAUCCACUUCGGGCCAAGGCUGAGAAACACGAAGAUAAUAUUCCUCAGAAUAAUGGAGAACUUGCUGUUCGGGCCAAGCUGGUCCUUCCUGCAGGGCCAAGAAAGCUCCAGGAGGCCCGAGAAGGGACAGGAGGUCAGUUAUCGCUGAAUGGUCAACUUUGUUUGGUUGUGCUGGGAGCCAAGAAUUUACCCGUGCGCUCAGAUGGUACCUUAAACUCAUUUGUUAAGGGCUGUCUGACUCUGCCAGACCAGCAAAAACUGCGUGUCAAGUCCCCAGUCCUGAAGAAGCAGGCCUGUCCCCAGUGGAAACAUUCCUUCGUGUUCAAUGGUGUCAGCAGCUCCCAGCUGAGGCAGUCCAGCUUGGAGCUGACCGUCUGGGACCAGGCCAUCUUUGGGAUGAACGACCGGCUGCUUGGGGGAGCCAGGCUUGGUUCAAAGGGAGGUGCUGCGGGUGGUACGGACGCGUGUUCACAGUCCAAGCUUCAGUGGCAGAAAGUCCUGUCCAGCCCCAACUUAUGGACAGACAUGACCCUCGUCCUGCACUGAGGUCGAGGCCCGAGGUGACUGCCGACCCGCAGAGGUCGACGGGAUGUGAGAUCAUCGCAGAAUCAGACCCACCAGUCAUUGACUGCAGUUGUGGUGUGUGGCCAGACAACAGAACCAAGACUGCUCCCUACCACAGCCAGGGGGAGGUUCCGGACUUGAGUGGGAAUGUCCCGAGUUCAAUAAACGCUCCACAGCGGC